ACCGCCCCGCGGCGCUGCUCACUCCCCGGAGAUCCGAGCGCCGAAGCAGCCGCGUCCGCCCGCCCUUAAAGGGCCGGCGCCCCCAAAACUCGCCGAGCCGCGCGGCGUCGGGUCUCUACCUCUGUCACGCCUCUCACCCUCUGACUCUCCUCCCAACGCGGCCGCCCCCGCCGCCGGGUUCCCCUCCCUCCCUUCCUCCCUCCCUCGCCCCCCUUUCCCGGCGUCUCCAGGCUCCCAGCAACCAGCCGCCUCCUCGCUCUCAGGGCCCUGGCGGGCGUCCGCCGGGUCUCCGGACAGUGCUCUGUCCCUGGCGAGCUGGGACCCCUUCCUGUGGCCCGUACCCCAAGCUCUCCCCUCCCCUUCUAGCCGCCCCCUCCCCUCUCGGGCUACUGAGAGUGUGUCUAUGGCUCCUGGGAGGGGACGAUUCCUAAUCUCAGGCCGGGGUUAAAGUUCUGGUCCUGGUGAGAUGCUGGAAGCUGCGGCCAGAGCCGCAACCUGCCCUGGAGGUGUCCUGUCGCCUGUCGCCGCCGCCGCCACUGCCGCCCUGCCGGGGCCAUGUUCGCUCCGGGCUUGGCCUUCUUGGCACUCUUGGUGGCCUCGGUCGAGAGCCAUCUGGGGGUUCUGGGGCCUAAGAACGUCUCGCAGAAAGACGCCGAGUUUGAGCGCACCUACGUGGAUGAGGUCAACAGCGAGCUGGUCAACAUCUACACCUUCAACCAUACAGUGACCCGCAACCGGACAGAAGGCGUGCGUGUAUCCGUGAAUGUCCUGAACAAGCAGAAGGGGGCUCCUUUGCUGUUUGUGGUUCGCCAGAAGGAGGCGGUAGUGUCUUUCCAGGUGCCCCUGAUCCUGCGAGGGAUGUUGCAGCGCAAGUACCUCUACCAAAAGGUGGAGCGAACGCUGUGUCAGCCCCCCACCAAGAAUGAGUCUGAGGUCCAGUUCUUCUACGUGGAUGUGUCCACCCUGUCACCAGUCAACACCACGUACCAGCUCCGCGUCAGCCGAAUGGACGACUUCGUGCUCAGGACCGGAGAGCAGUUCAGCUUCAAUACCACGGCAGCCCAGCCCCAGUACUUCAAGUACGAGUUUCCGGAGGGAGUAGACUCGGUCAUUGUCAAGGUGACCUCCAACAAGGCCUUCCCCUGCUCAGUCAUCUCCAUCCAGGAUGUCCUGUGCCCUGUCUAUGACCUAGACAACAACGUGGCCUUCAUCGGCAUGUACCAGACUAUGACUAAGAAGGCAGCCAUCACUGUGCAGCGCAAAGACUUCCCCAGCAAUAGCUUUUAUGUGGUAGUGGUGGUGAAAACCGAAGACCAGGCCUGUGGGGGCUCCCUGCCUUUCUACCCCUUUGUGGAAGAUGAACCGGUUGAUCAAGGGCACCGCCAGAAAACCCUGUCAGUGCUGGUCUCAAAAGCAGUCACAUCUGAGGCCUACGUUGGCGGCGUGCUCUUUUGCCUGGGCAUAUUUCUCUCCUUCUAUCUGCUCACCAUCCUCCUGGCCUGUUGGGAGAACUGGAGGCAGAGGAAGAAGUCCCUUCUGGUGGCCAUGGACCAAGCCUGCCCAGAAAGCGCUUCUCUCCUUGGUCACCCCCGGGUCCUGGCCGAUUCCUUUCCUGGCAGCUCCCCGUACGAGGGCUACAACUACGGCUCCUUUGAGAAUGGUUCUGGCUCCACUGGAUCCACUGAUGGUCUGGUUGACAGUGCGGGCCCCGGGGACCUGACCUACAGUUACCAGGGGCACGACCAGUUCAAGCGGCGCCUCCCCUUUGGCCAGAUGCGGCAGCUGUGCAUUGCCAUGGACCGUCCCCUGGACCCUGUGGGUACUCGGCCACGGCUGGACUCCAUGAGCUCCGUGGAGGAGGACGACUAUGACACAUUGGCGGACAUCGAUUCAGACAAGAAUGUCAUUCGCACCAAGCAAUACCUCUACGUGGCUGACCUGGCACGCAAGGACAAGCGCGUCCUGCGGAAAAAGUACCAGAUCUACUUCUGGAACAUCGCCACCAUUGCCGUCUUCUAUGCUCUUCCCGUGGUGCAGCUGGUGAUCACUUACCAGACGGUGGUGAAUGUCACAGGGAACCAGGACAUCUGCUACUACAACUUCCUCUGCGCCCACCCGCUGGGCAACCUCAGCGCCUUCAACAACAUCCUCAGCAACCUGGGGUACAUCCUGCUGGGGCUGCUCUUCCUGUUCAUCAUCCUGCAGCGGGAGAUCAACCACAACCGGGCCCUGCUGCGCAACGACCUCUAUGCCCUGGAAUGUGGGAUCCCCAAACACUUUGGUCUCUUCUACGCCAUGGGCACGGCCCUGAUGAUGGAGGGGCUGCUUAGCGCCUGCUAUCACGUCUGCCCCAACUAUACCAAUUUCCAGUUUGACACGUCAUUCAUGUACAUGAUCGCGGGGCUCUGCAUGCUGAAGCUCUACCAGAAGCGGCACCCCGACAUCAACGCCAGUGCCUACAGCGCCUACGCCUGCUUGGCCAUCGUCAUCUUCUUCUCCGUGCUGGGCGUGGUCUUUGGCAAAGGGAACACCGCCUUCUGGAUCGUCUUCUCCAUCAUUCACAUCAUUUCCACCCUGCUGCUCAGCACACAGCUCUAUUACAUGGGCCGCUGGAAGCUGGACUCAGGCAUCUGCCGUCGCAUCCUCCACGUUCUCUACACGGACUGCAUCCGGCAGUGCAGCGGGCCCCUCUACGUGGACCGCAUGGUGCUGCUGGUUAUGGGCAACAUUAUCAACUGGUCGCUGGCUGCCUACGGCCUCAUCAUGCGUCCCAAUGAUUUCGCCUCCUACUUGUUGGCCAUUGGCAUCUGCAACCUGCUUCUUUACUUUGCCUUCUACAUCAUAAUGAAGCUCCGGAGCGGGGAGAGGAUCAAGCUCAUCCCCCUGCUUUGCAUCGUCUGCACGUCGGUGGUCUGGGGCUUUGCCCUCUUCUUCUUCUUCCAGGGACUCAGCACCUGGCAGAAAACCCCCGCAGAGUCAAGGGAGCACAACCGGGACUGCAUCCUCCUGGACUUCUUUGAUGACCACGACAUCUGGCACUUUCUCUCCUCCAUUGCCAUGUUCGGGUCAUUCCUGGUGUUGCUGACACUGGACGAUGACCUGGACACCGUGCAGCGGGACAAGAUCUAUGUCUUUUAGCGGGAGCUGGACCCCCUCGCUUCACUUGUGGGGCCCUGAGCUCCUCCGCCUCACUGCCCGAGCCCCUGUAGGGCCGGGGGUGUGAGUCCCAGCCCUGCUGCCCAGUGCUGGGUGACUGUGGGACAGCAAGGUCAAGCCCAGGCUUGGUCUGGGACGGUCAUGGGGGUGGCCUUGAGCCUUGCUCCUGCCCUUGGCCAGGGAGGAGGCCUGCUCCCCCGAAGCCCCGGAUGUUGGCCAAAUUGCUGCUUUCUUCUCAGUGUUGGGGCCUUCCAUGGGUCCCCAUCUGUCAAUUGUCCGUUUGUCCUUCUCCAAGAGGAAGGAGCGAAGUGUUCCCUGCCCAUCUCAUGCCUUGCGUUCCACCUGUCCUUCCCCUCCCCCCGAGCCUGGAACCCGCAGCCCUUUCUUCCCUGAGCUUCUACUCCAAGGCCCUGGCCUGGGACCUGAUUCUCCAUCCUACACCAGGGUUCACGCCACUUCUUCUUGGUCUGUACCUGGCGGCCACCACUGCCCACUCUGGUCAGCCAGGAUGGAUGGGGAUGUUGGGUUCCUGGGGUUGGUCAGCUGGUGCCAGGCUUUUGGUGCUAAGGCCUGUGAGGGGUCCCAGGCAGUGCUGCUUCCUCCUCUGACCCGGUUCGGGACCAGCUCUUUAGCAGUGAGGGGUCAGUCCACACGUGAGAACCGCCUUUGAUCUGAAGGGCUGAAUUCUGAGGUCACCUUCCUAUCCCAUCAGCCCCCAGACUGAUGUUGGCACCAGGAUUGGAGGGAAGGCAAUGCACCCCUUUCCUUUCUUUUGCUUUCCAGGCCCUUAGGCCUGCCAAGCCCCAGAUGGGGGUCUUUCAGUGCCAUUGACACUGCCCAGGAAUGUCCAGAGGCAAAAGAGGGGGAGACAGACAAAGAGCCCAGCCCAUCCUGCCUCCCCCAUGGCCGCAGGAGCCCCAGUGCCUAUCUUAGAAAGGGGCUUGGGGAAGGGACACACUAUUCCCCUCCUUGUCCCUGGUCCAGCCUCACUGUAGGACCCAGGGCUGGCUUCUAAGUUUCCGUCCAGUCUACAGCCAAGUUCUGUGUUAGUCACACACAUGCCACACAUAUGAAACCUUGGAGUUUACACUGAGUUGUCCCAGCUCUGGUUCCCCUGGCCGCUCUGGGCCUUGGAUCCCCUUCACCCGACCUGGUCUGUUCCAGAUGCCAAGGGUGGGGGAGGUGAGGUCAGGCCUCUGCCUUGGGGAUUGGGAAUGUGUUUUAUUCUCCCCACCUUGUUUUUAUAGCUCUCCCUUGAGCUGGGGAAAGGAGGAGGGUCUGAUCUCUUUUCAGAGCUCCGUUUAAUGUCUGUUCCCAUGCUAUGGUUGCUCUGUUUUCUAUGAAUGAGUCUGCAUUCAAUUAAAAAAACAACCAGAUGCA